CAUCACCAUCAGCAUCAUAGCCCGCUUGGCUUUGCUUGGGUCAAGGGCCUGACGGUGCUGCACCUGCAGCUCCGUCGGCGCGCGCGCAUGGCGGUGGCCGCUCGGUUGGGUUGGAUCCUCAGCCAGCUGCUCGAGGGGCGGCAGGGACGAGUUCGGCUCCCGUCGCACCGUGAUCGUCUCCUGGCUCAUGUGGUGCUCCUGCCAGCUGAUCACCCUUGCAUGGCGAUUCGCGCUCGCAUCGAUGUGAUAACUUCCGCUACUCACAGGCUACAUGAGAGUAUCUCCGUUGAUCACGGUUACAAAAUCAGCAAGGGUGAAGCUCACAAUUCUCUUGAAUUGCGUCGUGCUCCUGGUGCCUCUGAAGUACAACCUGAUGACGAUUGGGAUGACCAUGACAAGCCUGGUCCUGAUCAAGAUGCUCCGCCUGCCCGUGGGCCUAAAGGCGGCGAGGGCGACCCCUCUCGGGGACAACGACGAGGUCCAGGCCCGUUGGCAUACAGGGUCAGGCGGUCCAUGGUCUUCGCCCGGUCGACCGCACAAGGCGCCAAGUCAACGACCUCCUGCGGCAGGGGUUGAGGCAUCGCCUGCUCGACCAUUGGCACUCACACCUGUGCCGACGUUCCCCGUCAACUCUGAGGCUCCUGCGUUUUUCUUUGCUGGUGGAGACGGUGACCGAGACGACGCACAUGCCGAUUUACGUUCGGAUCGUCAGGUUCGAGCGGAUCUUCCUGAUCUCCUUGUACGUGGUGCGAGUCCUCUUUUGCAUGCGGGUGUUCCCGCACGCGCAGAUACUCCUGAACGUGCCGCUCGUGGUGUCGAUCUCCUGGAUCGUGCUGCGUUUUCUGAUCUGGCGGGGGCCGCGGCACGUCUGCAAGGGCAUCUCGCGGUUGCCCCUUCGCACACGCAUGGUUUCGUUCCCGUUCGCGCGGGUCUUUUUGAUUUCCCAGUGCUUGGUGCUGACCUUCCUGUACAAGCUGAUCCUCCUGCACGUGCGGAUCUUGAUGCCGAGCUUCCAGCCUGCGGAUCUUCCUGAUUUGGCGGUGGUCGCCUUACUUCUGCAAGGUCACGCCGGAGCGGUCUCAUCGCAAUUAUGUGCGGAUCUUCCCUGUAUUCCUGGACGUGAUGGUCCUCCAGCAUGUGUGGGUUCUGAUGUGGAUCUUCCCGUUCGCGCGGAUCGUCUUGUUUUGGCGGUGGUCGCUGCACUUCUGCAAGGGCACACAGAGGCGGCCUCAUCGCAAUUGGAUGGCCUCGGUUUUGUAUGUGCGGAUCUUCCGGGUAUCCCUGUACCAAGUCCUUGUCUUCCUGUACGUGUUGGUCCUCUUACACGUGUGGGUUUUGAUGAUGAUCUUCCAGUUCGUGCUGAUAUUCCUGAUCUGGCGGGGGUCGCUGCGCAGCUUCCUGGCGUUGGUGCCCCUCCACGUGGUGGUGUCGAGGAGGAUGUGUGUGCGGACAGCACGUUGGCUGCUUUCCAGAACAUGCUGGACAGGCAGACGGCUAUGUUGGAGGAGACUCUUGACCGUAUGCUCCCCGAGGAUGUGCCUCCUGCUGUUCGUGAGCUUUCUGCUGCCCCUGCGAGAUCAUACAGGUGUUGAUCUGCACGAGGUACGCGCGGAGCUGGUCCAUGCUACCGCCCUGGCGCGUAGCUAGGGCCACUCGUCUCUUGUCGUGUUUCCUCUUGUCGCUUUGUCUCAUCGCUCUGUCGCCUCCCCUCUCGUUUCCUGUCCGCCCGCGCUGUCGUUUCUGCGCUUUGGGUUCGUCGUUGUUUCCCCCAUCGGUCUCUUCUUCUUCCUCGUCUCAUUCGUUCCCUCGUCGUCCUCCUUCGGGCUUGAAACAAACCACACUUG